UUCAUGUCAAAUACUUAGAAGGCUAGAAGGUGCGUCUGUAGUAAGAAAGUUUUCGAGGAAAAAUAACAAGGACAAAGACAUGUCUAUAAUUAUAACAUGUCUCUAGUGACACGUCUACGAAGUAAAAGGGCAAAUGUUGAUCUCUUCACAGAAGCUGUUCCCACAACCACAACUGCUAGACCAACGUCUAGAGGAGCUCCCUCAAUAUCUACAGCAUCAGCGACAUCGACAGAAAUACCGAACUCAAGCCUUGGAAAUACUGCUCUGACAGGUUCACAAGCAACAUCUGAAAAACCAACAACAGAGGCAAGCGUAUCCACUGGACCAACAGAUGACAGUACAGGUCUUGCUAUCGGACUGACUGUCAUGGGAGUCAUUAUUAUUAUUAUUGUCUUAAUUCUAGUGCGCUAUCGUAGAAGGGUCAGAGAGUACUUAUUGGGAAGACGCCAAAAUAUGCAUCAGAUAUCAUUAGAAACAGGAAGCGAAAAUAGGGAAAAACACAGCAACUAAGCUAAAACCAGUAAUGUUAUACGGUUGCUCAAUCAGGGCACCAAUGCUGACAUUUCUAAAAGUGUUACAUAUUCUUAUUGUAACCACUUGAUUUAGACUUGAGAAACGGAACUCAUUGAAAUACUUUUAAUGUCCACUUACUUCCGUGCGUGCCGAGCGUACGAAAAUAUCCUAUAUUCCUUCCGCUAGUUUGUAAUGCGAAAAAAUCAUUUAAAAACAUGUCAGCAUACCAUGUCUACCUUCAAUUAAGCAGUCAUGAUACAUGCAUCUAAACAUUUUACCAUGAUACACUCAACUUGUAGACAUUCAUUCAUUGUCCACAAAAUCAGCAAAUAUGAAGGAUUCCUGAUGUCACCUGAGACAAAAUUAAUCUACAGAUACAAGAUAUACUUUCUUUAUUAUUUUUAGCUAUUUUUUGUAUUUCCAUUGUCCAUGUUCAUUAUUUCCAUGUUAUAUAUUUCCAGAUGGUGUAUAUUUGGAAGUACAUUUUGUUUAUAUAAUUUGUCUUAUAAUCGGAUAUAUUGCUAUGUGUAAGUAAUGUUAGUGGUUGUUGUAGAUAUAUUUCUUCUUCGAGUCUAUAACUAUGGUAUACGGUAUAACUAUGGUAUAACUACGGUUAAAAUUAUGGCUAGCAGCGAAUCCAGCUAUUCAAAAUGGGUACAAUAUAUACAACGGACAAAUGUAUCGGAGAAGGUAAUUUUUAAUAAUUAAUAUCCAAAGAAGGA